CGGGGCAGGAAGCGCUGCACGGAGCCGGGGGGGGGAGCCCCGGAAAAAGGCAGCGGCUUCCUGCUCCCGCCCCCCCCGGCCUGGUCCCGCCGCCGGAGCCGAGCGCAGCGGAGCGGCCUGACCGGUCCCGGUCCGGUCCGGUGCGGAGCGAGCGGCGGCGCAGCGGAGCCGCCUUUCCGGUUGAGGGAGGGGCGCGCAGAGGAACCCAGGUAUCCGGGCCCUGCAGCCCCCGGGGAGGGGGGAUUUGCUGCUUGUAACCACAUCUCGGCAUCGCCUGGAGGUGGGUCCCCCCCGAGCCGGCAGCUGGGAGCCCCCCAAGGGCAGGAUGGAUCUGGACGAGCCGUACAACGGGGGCCCGGCACCAGGCGCCCACAGUGGGUCCAGCGUGGCAAUCAUCGGGGCUGAGGACGAGGAUUUUGAGAACGACAUCGAGCCGACGCCGGAGGACCACAGCAGCGUGUUCCAGAGCAUGGUGGUGGUGAAGUCGCACCCGGCCUAUCUCAUGGCCUUUCUCCAGCACGUGGUUCUGCAGUUCGACUCCUGCCCCGUGCUCUGCUACCUGCACGUGGAGCUGAUCCGCAAGGCGAGCCCCAAGGAGGGCAAGAAACUCUUCCUGGAUUUCUACCACACGUUCCUGGAUAAGGCGGGGCUCCUGCGUGUCCACAUCCCAGCCCAGGUGCAGUUUGAACUGGACCGGAGCCGCCCGGAGCUGCUCCCGGAUGAGACCCUGCGCCAGUUCCUGAACGACAUCCAGAACUGCCAGGAGCCCGAGAUCUCCCGGCAGCUGGAGGAUUUCAGGUGGGUCCUGCCGGGGGCUCCCAUGUGGGGGGUGAACAGGGAGUGGGUGAGAUGUGCCCCACUCCCCCCCAGCUCCGCGAUUUUCGCCGCCAUCGUGACCUACAUGAAGUACCUGGGGGUUAAAACCAAACUGGGCGAGAGCAAGAAAUCGAAAGGGAAUUUCUUCCGCAAGAAGAUGUCGGGGAGCCGGAAGCCGGAGGAGCCCCCCAAGCCGCGGAAGGGUUUCAGCCUGUUGGACGCCACGCGCUGGAACCGCGGGGAGUCGCACAAUUCUGAUUUCAGACAAAGCAAAGUCCCCGAGGGUGAAGCGGAGAAGGCCGUGGCCUCGGAGCGGAAGGUUCUCAAGUUGUUGGAGCGCAGCGAGAGCCGGGGCAAGGGGGCCGGGACCCCAGGGCUUGAGCCCCCCGGAGUUUCUGUGACCGUGAACCCCCCUCCGGGGGAGGGGACCGAUGCGGAGCUGGGGUCAGAGCCCCAGUGCCCCGUGGAGCAGGGGGAGGCCCCCCCCAGCGAGCAGCCCCCCGAGGACAGUGCUGAGAACGAGAGAAAAUGGAAAAGGCUGCCGGGGAGGCUGGGCCGAUCGGAGAGCCUGCGUGUGACCGAGCGGAAGCGCUCGCAGCGCGGCUCGGCCAAGGGGAAGCAGCUGCGUUCCCGCAGCGACGUGGACCUUGAGGCGGCCGCCCGCGCCGGGGAGCUGCAGGAGAGACCCCCCCUGGGGCCGGGGCGCCCGAGGCCCGGCGGCGUCACCCCGGAGCCCGGGGGGGCCGGGGGAGGGGAGCCCCCGCAGUCCUUUCUGCUUCCCCAGUCUGAGGAGACUGAGCCGCGCGUUUCGGAGCUGGAGCCGGAGCCGCCGACCUGGCGCCAGCGGGUCCCCCCCGACACCCUCCUCAGGCUGAAGAAAGGCGAAGUCAAGCGGCAAGAGGUCAUCAACGAGCUGUUCCUCACCGAACACGCCCACGGGCGGAUGCUGCGGGUGCUUCUGGAGGUUUUCUACCAGCCGCUGCUCAGCGAAGGUUUCUUCCAGGAGACCGAACUGGCCAACAUCUUCCCCGGCCUGGACGAACUGAUGGACGUGCACACCACGUUCCUCGAGAGCCUGAAGAAGCUUCGGGAGAAGAGCGACUGCGUCAUUGCCGAGAUCGGGGACACGCUGCUGGCCCGGGUACGGGGGGGCUAGGUAACCCGGGGGGGGGUCCAAGGGGUGGAC